ACCACCACCAUGUCGGCCUCGCACUCCUCACUCGAUAGGGUCCACUCGGACGAGAAGACGGACAAGAAGGGCGACUAUGAUAUCCAGGCUGAGACGCACGAUGUCUACCAGGACGAUGAUGGCUCCAUCGACCCUGUGUACCAGGCAAAGGCAAAGAUAUUGAACGACGCUCUGCAGGAAAUUGGGAUGGGCAAGUACCAGUGGUUCCUCUUUGUCGUCGCAGGUUUCGGUUGGCUAUCCGAUAACCUCUGGCCGAUUGUCACCGGUCUCAUCCUUACACCCGUGGUCAACGAGUUCAACGUCGAGAGCGAGUGGCUCAAGCUCGCCCAGAACAUCGGUCUUCUCGUGGGAGCGGCCUUCUGGGGUAUCACGUCAGACGUGUGGGGACGGAGAUGGGCAUUCAACAUCACUCUUUUCAUCACCGGCGUUUUUGCCGUCGCGGCUGGUGGCUCGCCCAACUACAUCGCGCUCUGUUCUCUCGCGGCGGUUUGGUCCGUGGGCGUGGGCGGCAACCUGCCAGUCGACUCCGCCGUCUUCCUCGAGUUCAUCCCGGCUUCCCACCAGUACCUCCUGACCGUUCUCUCCAUAUGGUGGGCCUUCGGCCAGCUCCUUGGAAGUCUCGUCGCCUGGCCCCUUAUCGCCGAUUACUCCUGCCCGACGACCGUCCCGCCGACGCCCUGCGCGCGCGCGGACAACAUGGGCUGGCGCUACUUCCUGUACGCCAUGGGCGGGCUCAUGCUCUUCCUCUUCCUCAUCCGCUUCGGCCUCUUCUCGAUGUACGAGUCGCCCAAGUACCUCAUGGGCCGCGGGCGCGACGCGGACGCCGUCGAGGUUGUGCACAAGGUCGCGAAGUACAACGGGAUUGAGAGCCGGCUGACGCUCGAGGCGCUCGAGAAGGCGGGCAAGCUCGCUGUGUCGGCCCACGAAGAGGAGAGCGAGGAGGCGAAGAUGGAUACGUCGGCGCUGGCCGCGGUUCGGAGGCAGAUGGCCAAGUUUAGUGGGGACCAUGUUAGUGCGCUGUUUGCGACAAAGAAAUUGGCGUGGUCGACGAGCAUUUUGAUCGUCCUUUGGGCGUUCAUCGGUCUUGCAUUCCCUCUGUAUAACAGCUUCGUCACGUACUUCCUCGCCACUCGCGGCGCAGACUUCGGCGACAGCUCUGUCUACAUCACCUACCGCAACCAAGUCAUCCUGAGCGUCAUCGGCAUCCCUGGUGCCCUCAUUGCCGGCUGGCUCGUCGAGAUCCCGCGUCUCGGUCGUCGCGGCACGCUCUCCAUCUUCACCAUCCUGACUGGCGCAUUCAUCCUCGCCUCGACGACCGCACGCACGUCCAACGCGCUGCUGGGCUGGAACUGCGGCUACAGCUUCACGAGCAACGUUAUGUACGGUGUCCUCUACGCCCUCUCGCCCGAGCUGUUCCCGACCAAGGACCGCGGGACGGGUAAUGCCAUUGUCGCUACUGCGAACCGCGUGUUCGGUGUUAUGUCGCCGAUCAUCGCGCUGUACGCGAACCUCCAGACGGCGGUCCCUAUCUGGGUGUCCGGCGCGAUCUUCAUCGUGGCAGGAUUCAUCGCGCUGCUGUUGCCGUUCGAGCCCCAGGGACACGCGUCGCUGUGAGCGGGCAUUGGGCAGACGACGUGAGGGGUGCCAAAGGACGUUCAACGUGGCGCUCCGUUCCAUCAAAAUUACACUACUGUUGUUGUUGAUGCUAUUUAUUUAUUUUCAUGUUGAUAUAUACCCGCCAUACUUGAAGCCUGAUGGCUUCGUUCAUACACGAUGCUUUUGCUUGUGGAGUUUGAACAUGAGUAGUGAGAAUGUAGAACAUCAGAGUAGGGACUUGUCUUAUGCGAUGAAGAUAGUUGUUCUCCCGAGUACGAGAUACACUGAAAAUAUGUCCUAAGAAACCCGUUUCCUCGAUGUUGUCAACGGUAGUUAAUUCUAUGAGCAACUGCAAUACAUAGCAGCAUAGC